UUAAUUAUUUGGUAAAACAAAAGAGAGAGAGAGGGGAAAAUUCCGCACCGUUUUUUCUGAAUAAUUCGAAAAAGAGUCAAAAUCAAGAUUUUAGAAUAUAAAAACGUGAAGGAAUGCGUGGGUUUUUGUAUGGUGAAGCAAAACGAAUAAAGAUCGUAUGAACGGGACUCUCUAUCGUUGGUCUAGCUUAAUUUUAAGAAAAAUGGCUGAAGAAAUUAAUAAGGUGGAGCAUCGAUCAUCUCCAACGACUACUGUAGCGAAAUCCAGAUCGUUUUGGCCCUCCGUUCUCCGUUGGAUCCCCACUUCCACCGACCACAUCAUCGCCUCCGAGAAGCGCCUUCUCUCUCUCGUCAAGACUCCCUAUGUGCAAGAGCAAGUGAAUAUAGGUUCAGGUGCACCUGGUUCUAAAGUUAGGUGGUUUCGUUCUUCGAGUAAUGAGCCGAGGUUUAUAAAUACAGUUACCUUUGACAGCAAGGAGGGUUCUCCAACUCUUGUAAUGGUACAUGGAUAUGCUGCUUCUCAGGGUUUCUUUUUCAAGAAUUUCGAUUACCUAGCCAGUCGUUUCAAGGUCAUUGCUAUUGAUCAGCUUGGUUGGGGUGGAUCAAGCAGGCCUGAUUUUACAUGCAAAAGCACUGAAGAAACUGAGGCAUGGUUUGUUGAUUCUUUUGAGGAAUGGCGUAAAGCAAAAAAUCUGAGUAACUUUAUAUUACUUGGGCAUUCCUUAGGAGGAUAUGUUGCAGCUAAAUAUGCUCUCAAGCAUCCUGAACAUGUUCAACACUUAAUUCUAGUAGGACCUGCUGGAUUUACAGCAGAAUCAGAUGGCAAAUCUGAGUGGCUAACCCGCUUCCGAGCAACAUGGAAAGGUGCAAUUUUGAAUCAUUUGUGGGAGUCUAAUUUUACUCCUCAGAAGCUUGUAAGAGGUUUAGGUCCUUGGGGUCCAGAUCUUGUACAUAAGUAUACAACUGCUAGAUUUAGUCCUAGAUAUUCAGCUGAAAAUGUGCUGACGGAGGAGGAGUCUAGACUGCUAACAGAUUAUGUGUACCAUACUUUAGCUGCAAAAGCAAGUGGAGAGCUGUGCUUAAAAUAUAUAUUUGCAUUUGGAGCCUUUGCUCGGAUGCCCCUUUUACACAGUGCAUCUGAGUGGAAAGUGCCUACUACUUUUAUAUAUGGAGUUCAAGAUUGGAUGAACUAUCAAGGAGCCCAAGAAGCUCGUAAGCAAAUGAAGGUCCCAUGUGAAAUUUUCAGGGUUCCUCAGGCUGGACAUUUUGUGUUCCUUGAAAAUCCAGAUGGAUUUCAUUCAGCCAUGUUAUAUGCUUGUAGGAGAUUUCUCUCACCUCACCCUGAUGAUGAACCCUUUCCUGAAGGUUUGCAAUCAGCUUAGAAGAAAGGAUGUUGUAAUUUCUUUCCACGUUUGGUGUAUACUACAUAAUCACAGGGUUUCAUUUGUCAGAAGAUUCUUUGGGUCAGUCAAACAUUCUUUGCCUGUAACAUUUAUCAUAUUUAUGUAUACGAAUUGGAUGUUAAAUAUAGUGAGAAAUUUUAAGUUGUAUCUUCCACCUCAA